AUGACCUUGUGAUGGUUGAGGAUAGAUACCCCAUUCACUACUAGUGUUGGUGUUGAGUAAUUCUCAAGUAUUAUCAUAUUAAGGUCAUCACUAUCAAAACUAAUUUAGAGAUGAAAUUGACUGAUUAAAUAAUGACAUAUCACUUUCAAUUGUUCUAAAGUAAUUAAUUUUAAUAAUGGAUAUUAGAUGAUAAUUAAUAGAUCUGCUUGUUUCACUCUGGUUCAUGACUGCCUUUAUCUUGUCUAGAAUAGGAAAUUGGCAUUAGAACCUCUCAAAGAGUGAAAAUCUUAUGACCGACUAGUUGAAUAGUAGACAAAUAUUGGUGUGGUUAGUAGUGUGGUAGUUUCAUUAUUAUGCAAAAAAAUCUUGAGCUGUCUUUCUUAGUGCAUGUUUUAUGCUGUUUGGAGUUUUGCUAUCACAAAAUGGUUGUUGUUUUAGUGUGGGAUGGUGCACAUUGAUAGUUUUGCUUUCAGGAGCACAUUAGGUAACUUGUUCAUUUCUACACUAGACCACAUCUUAAAAUCUCAUAUUCUUCUAAUAUGUCUUCAUUUGAAACACCUUUUUCAACAAUGGAUUGAGAUACUUGUCUAUUGGUUAUUCUAUUAAUCCUUCAAGGACAUGAGGGUCUCUUACUACAUAUGUGGUUUCUAUAGUUAUAAAUCAGACGUCCCCAAUUGUGAAUUAAUUGACAUAUAUUUUAAAAAUAGAAAAUUUGAUAAAGUUUUAAUAUAA